CAUCUUUCAUGAGAUAAUAUUUUGAAUUCAUAACAUGCACAUUUUAGUAGAAUUAACCCUCUCCAUUUCUAAUACACAAAAUUUCCUAAACCAACAAAAUAAGCAUAUACCAUAUGAAUCCCUUAUUGCAUCUUAUCUCAUUAUGCUUCUCCUAUUAUUGCAUCUCAUUCAAAAAUCCAAAAAUGAAACUCCUAAAUAAAGAAGCAUGCACUUGGUCUGAUCUAAUAAAAGGAAACAUAUAGAUAAGCUUUUCACACACACCCAAGCCUCAUUCAUUCAACCUAAACUGAUUUUUCUGGCGUUGCCACGUCAUCCUGAACGUGUCACACACUUCUCUCUCUUCAUUUCAUUUUUCAUUUAUUUUUUGUUUUUGUUUUUAUUUUAUUAUCUAUAUAUUAUCCUCUGCUUUCUUCAACCCACUUAUUUUCUCUCUCUGUUUCUCUCUGUUCUUUCUUCUUCCUCUGUUAAAACUGGUUAUGGAGAUGAAUAAUCAUUGAUCAUCAUCAUCAUCAUCAUCUACAACAGUGAGUGAUUGAGAUUCUGAGAUCUAUAGAGUAGUCUCAGUCACUGUAUUUGCCUGAGAGUUUGCAGUUUGAUGACAAGCAGUUCCGUUAAGCCCAAGAGAAGAAGAAGUAGAAGAGGACAAGGGUAAUCCAAUCACCACCACCACAAUCGCCGCCACUUUCUGGUUCUUGGGUCUUCAAUAUUUUUCAUUUUCUGCUGAUAUUUAACAAAAACAGAGAAACUUUUGAUGGAGGUUUUGGUGGGUCCCACUUUCACCAUCGAGUCUCCGCCGCGUGACGGCGAGGCCGACGGGAGCCUCUUCAGCGGGGACGCACAGCGGUACCGGAUCUCGGGGCCGCCGAAGUUUUUCACCGGUGGGUCGCCGGAGCCGGAGAGUUCGUCGUCGAUCGGAACACCGGAUGACAGCGAGGAGGAUGAGGAGGAGGUGCAGAGCGGGUUGAAGGGAAGAACUGGGUUGGGUUCUUUGGAUUGUUUGGAGGAUUCUCUUCCCAUCAAGAGGGGAUUAUCAAGCCAUUUUGAUGGAAAAUCAAAGUCUUUCACGGAUCUAUCUCAAGUAAGCACUUUGAAUGAAAUCAAUGAAUUGAAGAAGCAAGAGAGUCCUUUCAACAAGAGAAGAAGGGUACUAAUUGCAUCCAAGUGGUCCAGAAAAUCUUCCUUUUAUUCAUGGUCCAACCCACAAUCCAUGCCUCUUUUUCCUGUGACUGAGGAUCUUGAUGAUGAUUAUGAAGAAGAGGAAGAAGAAGAAGACGCAGAGAAGGCAAGAAAAGUUCCCUCUGCCUCAUCAUCCUCUUCUUCCUCUUUAGCUGAGGAAAAGAAACAAGAAGAUCCAGUGCAAAUGAGGCACAAUAGAAUACCUGAAUCUUAUGCUGCUCACAUGAGGCUCAGACUAGGGAGCUUCAAGUCAAGAAGCUUUUCUCUAGCAGAUCUGCAAGAACAUGAUGAUGAGGAAGAAGAUGAUCACUAUUAAGCACAUUUUGGAUAUCCUACAAUUGAUUCUGUAGCUGGCCGGAAUCAAUUACGAAGAUAAGUUUUUGUGAAUAGUUUCUAGUGUCAGAAAGCUCAGAGUUGAACAACUUCUGGCAUCAGAAACCUCAAGAAUUAAGCUUCAAUGGAGUAAAAAGAAGCUGAUUGUAAAACAUGUUAAGUUGUUAACCCUAGAGUUUUGUUUUAUUCAUUUGUUAUUAAAUAAAAAUUAAUAGUAUUUACUCCUAA